AGUUGAAUACAAACGUGUCAAAAUUCAGUCCGACGAAGUGGUCCUGUUGUUUUGAUCCGCCUUCUCGGGGUCGAUUUUCGGAAGGACUUUCACCAGUUUCCGGCGCGAGAUUUUUUUCCCGCAAACAAUGGCCCACGCCCAAGCCCCGCUGCGCCCGUUCAACACGCCCGGCCUGCUGCACUCGGACCGCGAGCGCUGGGUGUGCAUCUAUCCGGCGUACCUGAACCGGAAGAAAACCCGCCAGGAGGGACGGCGACUGCCGCUGGCCCACUGCGUGGACAAUCCGACCUUCCAGGAGAUCCGGGACGUGCUGCAGGUGCUCAAGCUGAACGUGAUCGUCGAGAACAAGCUGUACACGCGGGAGAAGAGCAAGGAACUCGCCUACCGUGGCCGCAUCCGCGUCCAGCUGCGCCAGGACGACGGCGAACCCGUGCUGGAGGAGUACUCGACCCGGGACAGCGUGCUGCUCUAUCUGGGCGAUACGAUCCCGCAGCUGAAAACACGCAUGGGCAGGGCGGAAAACGCGACGCUGCUGCAGCAAGCCUCGUCGUCUAGCGGUGGAGCCGGCGGUAGUGGCGGCAGCGCUGGCGGAAGCAGUUCCGGCGGCGGCGGACAGUCCCACAAAAAGGGCAAGGGCAAGAGGCGAUGAAGGAGGAGUUGGGAUGGUAAGCGAUUUCGGGGUCUUUUUUGUUUUGUUUUGAUCUUCCUCAACAUCGACAUCGAUUGUGUUUAUAACAUGUCUUUAUUUCUUUUUGCAAUAGAGAACAGUAUUUUGUUCGAAACCUUUACAAAA